GUCAAAUCUUCAGUUCGUCCCGUUAUUUACUUGAUAGAUGCACAAAGAUUUGCUUUGUGCAAUUGCCAUUACUUAAUUUGAGCAGUUUGCAUGAAAUUUCCAGAAACUGAACAGAACAUUAAAGCAAAAUAUGCCGGAAGUGUAAAAUAGACAAGAUUACGGAAAACGUCGGUGGCCAUUUGCCUGUUGUCUUUUUAUCGAGAAAAGCGAGAAAACAUACUUAGAAAGUUGUUUUCUCGAGAAUCAUGAAAGAAUGUAUUUUAUGUGGGGAUCGAUGUUUUAUUUCUUUCAAUGUGUAAGUUUCUGUUUGGCAUCGGAGAACACAAUACUCAUAUCUUCUGCUCACGGAAAUGAUACUCUCUGCAUGCGUGACAAUAAUCGACAUCAAAUUUGUAGAACGUUGGACUUUGUCCUUGCUGUUGUAUCCGAUGCUUCUAAGUUUCGCACGUCGACUAAAAUCGAAAUACUGGAUGAUCAGAUUGUGGAAAAGAAUUAUAAUCUAAACGGCUUCUAUAACCUUACGAUAAGCGGAGCUUCAAAACAAGUCACCAUCCGAUGUAAGCCCGAGAUAGGCUUUGUAUUUUCAUCGAGCAAAGAUGUUGUGCUCACAAAUUUGACAUUUUUGCGUUGUGGCUCAAGAAAAAAUGCUACAAACAAUGCAGCCAUCUCAUAUUAUGCUGGUUUAUAUUUUUCAAACAUCACCAAUGUCGAUGUCACCAGUUGUAAAGUUGCUAACAGCACUGGGAUUGGUGUGGCUCUUGUCAAUGUUGGUGGAAUGGUUGCGUUCUCACAUACGUAUUUUACAGGCAACAUAUACAGAUCAGAGAACGGUAGUAAGGUCGAAUCUGGCAUUGCUCAUGUUGGUGGUGGACUUACCAUUGAAUUUACUUACAGCAAGAACGAUAAAGCUUUUGCUGGAAAGAACAACAUUUAUAAGUUUCACAAUUGUUCCUUUAUAAACAAUGGUUGUAACUGGAAUGAGAAAAAUGCAUCCAAUCCUACAGAAGGCAAUGGUGAAAACGUGAUUUUUGGAUGUGGUGGUGGUAUAGCAGCCACUUUUAAAAGUCACUCAGAAGGUAAUGUCAUCCAAUUGAUAGACUGUAUUUUGAGGGAUAAUAUUGCAGACUGGGGUGGUGGAUAUUAUGUAUUAUUUGAAGGAAAGUCAUUCGACAAUGUUGCAUAUUUCAGAAAUGUGUCUGUGGAAUCAAAUUAUGCGGCAUUGUCGGGUGGGGGUGGAAGGUUUUCCUUCCUUCAGUGUUUUAACUACAUGGAAGUAUUGUCCUUCAAACCCAACCAUUUUUUACAAGAACUCUGUAACUAUACUAGUAAUUCUGCUCUUUGGGGUGGAGGAGUGUCUGUGUUUGGAUCAAGCUCUUAUAAAAUGAACAACACUCAUCAUAAAAGCCUCACUUUCAAACACACCCAUUGGGUUAAUAACAAAGCGACUGUGGCAUCUGCUUUGGGGUUUUUGUCGAAAGCUAUUGAUAUGCUGAAAUGGGAGCAUACGCUUGGUGCAUGCAUUGAAAUACCUUAUGUUAUCAAGUUGCAAAAUUGUGAGUUGAGAGAAAAUUUUGUUAUAUCAAAUGGCAAACCGCAUGGACAGGGUAUUGUUGGCACAGCUGCCAUGUAUGUUGAUGAAGCACCUGUACAAUUGAUUGAUGUGAACUUCACGUCAAACAAUGGAACAGCGUUGGUACUUGACUUGAGCAAUAUGUACAUUAAGAGAUCCGUGAAAUUCAUCAAAAACAAUGGCAGCGAGGGCGGAGCACUGGCUAUGUUUGGGAGAUCGAGAAUAAUUCUUGGCGUAAAUUCGCAUUUGCAUUUCACCUCCAACCGCGCAUCUUUGAGGGGUGGUGCCAUAUACGCGUAUUCUCAAGGGCCAAAUCUAAAAGCGUUUACAGGUAACUUGCUCGUUAGAUCGUCUUGCUUUUUUGGUUACAUCAACACCUCUGUUCCACCCAGAAGGUGGUCUGCAAGAGUUACUUUUGCAAAAAACAGCGCCCCUUCUAAAUCCGGCAAGUCCGUGUAUUGCGACACUUUGCAGUUUUGUCGAAGCUAUGGGAACGUGAAGAGUGCACUGCAAUGGUCUCCCGUAUUUCAUUACACUAAGAACACUCAUGAGUAUGAUGCCGAGCCUGAAAUCAUGACAGACCCAGUUCAAAUGAACACAUCAAAAAAUCAUUGGUCAGGAUUUAUAGGAGAAUCGAUCUCUCCCAAAGUCACAUUGUUGGACGAGAAAGGUGAUGAGACGAAUGGGCUUUUAAAAAUGUCAGUGAUUUCGUCGGACAAUUCGAGUAUCCAUUUAGGAAAGCGCGUCUCUCAUUACAUCUACAUCAACGAUGGGAAAAGCUCUGUUCCGAUUUCUUUCAACGGCAAUAGCAGCAAGGAAAAUUUCCGAGUUCGACUCAGCGCAGUAUACACGCAAAUGAUGGAAAUUACGGUAGACAAUGUGACGACAACCUCAUGCUACGGUGGUUACACUUUCAACGUGAAUGCUGGGAAGUGCGUGUGCCUUCCGCGUUCGGAAAUGAAUUAUGGUUAUAGAAGAUGUGGUGGUGAUGGAGAAACGAUCUAUUUGAAAAAGGGAUAUUGGGCAACACGUGCGAGUAAUGGUGCUUUGAUAGUUAUUUCAUGUCCUGUAGGUUACUGCCAUUGUAGGAACAUGGGGUAUGACUCGACCAAUUCUAUUGAUGAAUGCGUAAUUACCAAAUUCGGAAGCACUACCCAACAAUGCAUAAAAAGUAGAACGGGACAGUUAUGUGGCUCCUGCGUACCAGGUUACAGUGUGGUGGUUGGUACGAAUGAAUGCCGCAAUUGUCGAGGAAAUUUGGGUGUUCUAUGGCUUUUACUAGCGCUGGGCAUUUUGACCAUAGUCGUUCUGGCAAUCAUAUAUUUUCAAAUCGACUUCUUCUCUGGACCUUUGAAUUCAUGGCUGUACACAUAUCACAUUGUCAACAUACUUCCAUACCAUGAAAAGUAUAUGGAUCCUUUUAUUAAGCUCGUCAUAAGUUUAACCAAUGGAUUGUUUGACCUCAGCACCGGCAGGUGUAUAUGGAAGGGCAUGGAUAACCUUCAAAAACUUGCUUUGCAAUAUAUUGUGCCGUUCUAUUGCUUUCUGCUACUUUACCUCAUCGCUAAACUGUUGCGGAGAUUUCCAAAUCUUCCGUUGGCCAAUCGCCCUUUUCAUCAAGCAUUUGUGACUAUUGCGAUCCUCUCUUACUCGUCGUUGACAAACGUCACCUUCAGCAUUUUGUACGGGGUCUCUAUCGAUGGGAAGUGGUAUGUUUAUAAGCAAGGCGAUGUUCUGUAUUUUAGCGAGCGUCAUUUGCCGUACGCCAUCCCGGCCUUGCUUAUUUUCGUCUUUAUAGUAAUAUUGUUUCCGACUGUGAUUGCGUUUAGCUCAUUCUUCACCACCCACUUUCAAUGUUUUCGGAAAUUUAUUCCCCUUUUCGAGGCUAUUAAAAGUCCCUACCGUCCAAGUCGCAGUUGGUUCGCCUCGUAUUACAUCUUUUGUCGUUUGUUCUUCAUCACAAUGAGUAUCUUUCGAAACUAUUACGAGCACACUUUCUUCCCAUUCUUCGAAGCAGUGAGCAUUAUUGUGCUUCUCGUUUUUGUUCUACUGCGACCGUACACGGACGAGAAUUAUGUGUAUUUCAAGGUCGAUAGCUGUUUUUUGUCCCUAAUUUGCGUCAUCGCUUGCGUUGCCAACGCAAUUGAAGUAAACGAGAAAAAAGUUGAUGUUGAAUCCUUCGAAAUUAUCGCACGAGUCUUUGUUUACUUACCGCUGUUGUAUUCGUUUGUACUGUUGGUGUGUUACGUGCGCAGGUGUAUCAAUGCGCGUAACGUAGACGGCGUUGGUGUUUUUGCACCUUUGAUUUGAAUUCAACACGUUAAAAUUUAUCUUAUCCUAAAGACAAUAAUAUUUUCUAAAGAACAAACGUAGUCCUCGAUAGACAAAGAAAUGAAACGAUCAAAUCAUAAGAAACAAUUAUCACCAAUCAGACGUACUACCGACUUAUUGAACUGUCGGUUUUUUAUGGGCUUUGUGGGCAGCUGGGACCUGGGGCGGAUCCAGCGUUCGACACGAUACAUUGGAACAGCCCUUUGAUUGGUAAGAUUUUAUUGUUUUGAAAUUCAUAGCCAUUGGUAUUUUUAUAAAGGUAUUUUAAUUUGAAAUAAGCAGCUGUAAUCUAAUUUCUAAUUUGUAUAACCCUGAGUGCCCUGCGGCAGUAUGAAAAAUAAUGGUGAUUAUCUGUAGAGAACUUUGGAUUAUCUUUCAACAUUUUUGAUCGAACCCAAGUUUACAAAUAGUUGGUUUGACAAAAAGUAUGUUUCACCUUUUUAUGUGAAUUAAUCAUGUUGUAAAUUUCUAUGUUUUACUGAGAAUUGUCUGCAUAAAAUAAAACAUUCGUCGCAAUAGCCAAAACUACAA